UCAUUGCAGCUGGACAGGAAGCUAUGGUGACACCAGAGGGAAAAGAGUCUGCCCCCCCACCCCCGGGCCACUUCAACGCACCGCCUGGUCUGGUCACUGGGUCCUGAGCGGCCCCUGGUGCAGGCCCUCACAGGACUGUGCCCGGCACUGGGCAUAGGCACCAGAGGGCUGGCGCCAGGCUGGGUGGGGACUGUUGACGCUUCCCAAAACCGGCUCAGAGCAUGGCCCCCUGAAGGUCGUCGGCCCCUCCCCUAGGGCGUGGCAGGGAGGCCCAUAUAGGAGGAGGCUGGGCUGGAGCCGAGCAUGCGCGCUGGCGGUCAGUCGCAGGUAGGGCGGUCGGGGCAAGCGCCCAGGCGGGUGGUGCAAGGCUGCAGCGGGGUCCGGUGUCUCCGCUGAGUCUGGGGGACCGACCCCGCUCCAGGAAGGACCAUGAGGGCGCCGGAGAGGCCGCCCCUGGCCCCGCCGUGGGCUCUGCCUGCCCUGCUCCUGGCUCUGGCUGUUCGCGGGACGGCAGCGGGCGCGCCCACCUACCGGUGGCGGGACAGGGACACGCGGGAGUGGCUGGAGUGCAGCCAGUGCCCCCCGGGCACCUUUGUGCAGCGGCCCUGUGGCCGGGACAGCCCCACUGCGUGCAGCGCGUGCCCACAGCGCCACUACACACAGUUCUGGAACUACCUGGAGCGCUGCCGCUACUGCAACGUCAUCUGCGGGGAGCGCGAGGAGGAGGCGCAGCCCUGCACCGCCACCCACAACCGCGCCUGCCGCUGCCGCACCGGCCACUUUGCGCACGCAGGCUUCUGCCUAGAGCACGCGCCCUGCCCGCCUGGCACCGGCGUGGUCGCCCCUGGCACCCCCAGCCAGAACACGCAGUGCCAGCCGUGUCCCCCGGGCACCUUCUCAGCCAGCAGCUCCAGCUCAGAGCGGUGCCAGCCCCACCGCAACUGCACGGCUCUGGGCCUGGCCCUCAACGUGCCAGGCUCCUCCUCCCACGACGCCCUCUGCACCAGCUGCAGGGGCUUCCCGCUCAGCAGGCCGGAGCCGGGGGGCCCAGAGACCGAGGAGUGUGAACGCGCCCUCGUCAACUUCGUGGCUUUCCAGGACGUCCCUUUCAGGAAGCUCCUGCGACUGCAGCAGGCGCUCGCAGGCCCAGGGACGUGGAGUCCGCCCCUGCCGAGGGCGGGCCGCACCGCCUUACAGCUGAAGCUGUGGCAGCAGCUCACAGAGCUCCGGAAGGCACGGCCCGGGGCACUGGCAGCGGGGCUGCUGCGCGCCCUGCACUCAGCCAGGCUGCCCGGGCUGGAGCGCACUGUCCGAGAGUACUUCCUCCCAGCCCCUCACUGAGCCUCCCCUAUUUAUGUCACUAACCAGCCUCGGCUGGACCAGAAGAGGCUGCUGACUGGCUCCCUCGUGCCAACGAAGUUUAUUUUUUAUAAAGCCGGUUUAUUACAAAACUGGUUGCAGACA